CUCUUUUCCUCUCCAAAACCCUACAACGCACAACGCCCGAGUAGAUUGAGAAACAGAGAGAAAAUGGCCGGCGAAGAUUCCAACGGCGAUAGUGGUAGCCGCCGUCCGGCGGAGUCUUCGUCAUCUUCCGAUCAUAGAAAUGGCAAUCCACCGUCUACUCCUGAUUCUCCGACGUCAGUAGGAUUCAACACCGAUCAGCUUCCUUUCAACACUAGCCAAAACUACUCUGAAGAGGAUGAAGCCUCUGUUGAUCCUGAUAUCAUCAGAGACGAUCCAGAAGAUGCUGACAUGGAAGAGGAAGACGGAGAAGACCUUUUCAACGACAAUUAUCUCGAUGACUAUCAGAGGAUGGGUGAGGCUGACCAGUACGAGUCGCUCGGAUUGGAUGAUUCCAUGGUGGAUGAAAGAGAUCUGGAUCAAAUCAUGGCAGAUCGUCAGGCUGCUGAAGUGGAACUUGACAAUAGAGAUGUACAUGUCUCUAACCGCAAGCUUCCUCAACUUCUUCAUGAUCAAGAUACUGAUGAUGACAACUAUAGGCCAUCAAAAAGGACUAGAGCUGAUUUCAGAAGGAAUUUUGAUGAUACUGAUGCAAUGCCAAGUUCACCAGGGGCAUCACAACGAGUAAACUCCAGCCAGGAUGUGCCAAUGACUGAUCAAACUGAUGAUGAUCCCUAUGAGGAUGAUGAAAAUGAUGAAGGGGAGUUUGAGAUGUACAGGGUUCAGGGAACACUUAGGGAAUGGGUAACUAGAGAUGAAGUCCGGCGUUUCAUUGCGAAGAAGUUCAAGGAAUUCUUACUCACAUAUGUAAACCCAAAAAAUGAACAUGGGGACUUUGAAUAUCUUCGACAGAUCAAUGAGAUGGUAUCAGUUAAUAAAUGCAGCCUUGAGAUUGAUUACAAACAAUUCAUAUAUGUCCAUCCCAAUAUUGCCAUCUGGCUGGCAGAUGCACCACAAUCCGUCCUUGAAGUGAUGGAAGAAGUUGCCAACAAAGUUGUCUUUGAUCUUCAUCCCAACUAUAAGCAAAUUCAUCAGAAAGUCUAUGUAAGGAUUACCAACUUACCAGUUUAUGAUCAGAUUCGUAAUAUAAGGCAGAUCCAUUUGAACACCAUGAUUCGUAUUGGUGGAGUCGUUACCCGGCGAUCUGGUGUCUUUCCCCAAUUGCAACAAGUGAAAUAUGACUGUAACAAAUGUGGAGCAGUAUUGGGUCCUUUUUUCCAGAACUCAUACUCAGAAGUCAAGGUUGGUUCUUGCCCAGAGUGUCAGUCAAAAGGACCAUUCAGUGUCAAUGUUGAGCAGACAAUAUACAGGAACUAUCAGAAACUGACACUACAAGAAAGCCCAGGAAUUGUGCCAGCUGGUCGGCUUCCUAGAUACAAGGAAGUGAUACUGUUGAAUGAUCUUAUUGAUUGUGCCCGACCAGGAGAAGAGAUAGAAGUCACAGGAAUCUACACUAACAACUUUGACUUGUCCCUGAAUACCAAGAAUGGGUUUCCUGUCUUUUCUACCGUGAUUGAAGCAAAUUAUGUUACAAAAAAGCAAGACCUCUUUUCAGCUUACAAGCUAACUCAGGAGGACAAAGAAGAAAUUGAAAAGCUGGCCAAAGACCCUCGGAUUGGAGAACGAAUAUUCAAGUCCAUUGCCCCGUCAAUUUAUGGUCAUGAAGACAUAAAGACUGCCAUAGCUCUUGCAAUGUUUGGGGGACAAGAGAAAAAUGUUGAAGGGAAACACAGACUGAGAGGAGACAUAAAUAUUCUCCUGCUAGGUGAUCCAGGCACUGCAAAAUCACAGUUCCUCAAGUAUGUCGAGAAGACGGGACAACGAGCCGUCUAUACAACUGGAAAAGGAGCAUCUGCUGUAGGGCUUACAGCAGCAGUACACAAGGACCCUGUCACUCGGGAAUGGACCCUCGAAGGAGGAGCACUAGUUUUGGCUGAUAGAGGAAUAUGUUUGAUUGAUGAGUUCGAUAAGAUGAAUGAUCAGGAUAGAGUGAGUAUUCAUGAAGCAAUGGAACAGCAGAGUAUUAGCAUAUCGAAGGCUGGCAUUGUCACAUCUCUCCAGGCCCGCUGUUCUGUUAUUGCUGCUGCAAAUCCUAUUGGAGGAAGAUAUGAUUCGUCGAAGAAUUUCACGCAAAAUGUGGAAUUGACAGAUCCAAUCAUUUCUCGAUUUGAUGUACUCUGUGUGGUCAAGGAUGUGGUUGAUCCAGUCACUGAUGAGAUGCUUGCAAAGUUUGUUGUUGAUAGUCAUUUUAGGUCACAAGCAAAAGGUGCUACUAUUGAUGAGAAGUCAUUUACUGAUUCACGGGAUGAUGCCCGUGCCACUAUGGCUGCAACUGAUCCUGAGAUAAUUCCUCAAGAGUUGCUAAAGAAGUACUUAACUUAUGCAAAGUUGAACGUAUUCCCAAAAUUACAUGAUGCGGACUUGGACAAGCUCACACAGGUUUAUGCUGAAUUAAGGAGAGAAUCUUCGCAUGGACAAGGAAUUCCCAUAGCAGUGAGGCACAUUGAAUCGAUGAUAAGGAUGUCUGAAGCCCAUGCAAGGAUGCAUCUUAGACAACAUGUUACUCAAGAAGAUGUGGAUAUGGCAAUUCGUGUCCUUCUGGAUUCAUUUAUAUCAACCCAGAAAUUUGGGGUGCAAAAAGCAUUGCAAAAGAGCUUCAAAAAGUACAUGACAUACAAAAAAGAUUUCAAUGCUAUCAUUCUUCACCUCCUACGUGGGCUUGUAAAAGAUGCACUGCAGUUUGAGGAAAUUGUUUCAGGUUCUGCUGCCAACCUAGAUCAUAUUGAUGUGAAGGUUGAGGAGCUACAAAGCAAGGCACUUGAUUAUGGCAUGACUGAUCUCAAAGCAUUUUUCUCAAGCAAUGAAUUUACUAAAGCAAACUUUGAGUUGUACGAGGAUCAGGGUAUCAUAAGACAUCGCCUUCCAGCUCGAUGAGUUAUGUAUUGUUUCAGAUUUAGUCAUAUGGCUGGUUAAUCUAGUUUUCUUAAAUUGUAUACAAAUGAAUGCAGAACUCUGAGACGUUCUUAACAUUUGAUCAGUUUUAGCUUCUACAAGGAAAAUUUAUUGUUUGCUUUUUGUUGUACUUGUAUUACAGAUAACUCAAUUAAGUUGUUUCAACAGUGAAAAGAUCCUUUAAUAUUAACAAUUGAGCCCAAAAA